AUGUCAACUGUUGGACCCAUGACGGGCAGGACACAACAGUCUAUGCACAGGCAUCAUCCCUAUGCACCUUCUACCCCAUCCACCUCCAAUAGACCUCACCACGGCGCCAACCUCGUUCCUCCCCCUUCUUCGUCUUCGUCCUCCUCCUCUUUCGCCUCCCCUUCUGGCUCUGCUUCCACCUCGCGGUACGCCAAGGUCUUUUCAGGAGCUGUCCCUCCUCGACCUAGAUCUCCAGAAACAUCCUCUUCGUCAAGGCAACAACACCAACACGAGCGAUUCUCUUCUAAGCGUUCCCCCAUGAUGGGAGCCAACAUUCAUCUCCCACCUUCUCCUCCCAGAUCACGAAGAGAAUCGAGCGAGACUCCUUCAUUGGCCACGACCACCGGGCUUGGCGCUGCCUUUGGGGGUUCCAGUGGAGGCAAAUGGUGGGACGAAGAGAUUCCUCCCCCACCCGCCAGUCUCACCGCCAUUCUCGAUUCAUUCAAGCAGAGUGGACAAGGCGAUCGCGAACUGCUGCUCGCCAUCCUCGGGGCCAAAAAGGCCGAAGAGGAACGUCUCACAGCCCUCAUCUCUACCCGCCUCACCAUCCUCCAAGCCAGACUCUCUCUUCAUUCUGCCGCUGCCGCCCUUGCAGCUCAACAACCCCCUACACCACCUGCUGAACUUGGUUCCGACGAAGAGACGCUCGUCUCCAAACCUGGAUCAAAGCUCAACUCGCCUCGAUCAGAGUAUCUCUCUCCUCGAUCCAGCAGAGACGACAUGCCUCAUAGUCCCAUGAUGUUGCCUUCAUCAUCUCGUAUGCCUCCUCCUCCUCUCCCUCAACGACCAGGUCAACAACCAUCCUACGAGUCCCUCGUCCCUAAAGGUCUCUUCUCUUCUUCGUCACCCGCUGCAUCAACGCCUCACGAAGCCUCCCACCGAUCCGACCUUGAACUCCCUCAGAUCCACGUCGGACGAUUCUGGAACGAAAAGCAACGCAUGCCUUCGCCAGAAAAGGCCGAUCGACGAGCUGGACCCAUGAGCCCCAUCAGCCCUGACGAGUCUCGACCCACUCGUUCCGAGCGCGCUGGGUCUAACGGUAGCAGCGGAUCCGAGAGCCGCGCACCGGGACUCGACAUGCUGCUGGAUGCCGGCAUGAGGGAUCAAGAGAUGGCUUAG